AUGCUGCGCCUCGCUGCCAAGCUGGUGUCCUUCUUCUGGAGGAGGGAGGAUGUCCCUGAGGAGGAGGUCGGGCAACCAGGGCAGGAGCUGCCGGAAGGUGACACCAGGUUGAAAACGGUGCAGGGCGUUGUGACAAGGUACUGCAGUGACUACGGCAUGAUUGACGACCUGAUCUACUUUUCCAACGAUGCUGUGACUAGUAAAGUGCUUCUGAACGUCGGGCAGGAGGUUAUCGCUGUCGUCGAACAAAACAAAGUGUCAAAUGGACUGAAAGCGAUCAGAGUGGAAGCCGUCUCUGACAAAUGGGAAGACGAUAACAAACACUCCAGCAAAGGGCUGUCAGACUCCAGCCCCAGAAUGCUGAUUGGCUGUGUGACUUCCAUGUUGGAAGGUGCUGGCUAUAUCAACCAGACCACAUACUUCUCUCUGGAGUGUGUGUGUGAAGGUUUCCACCCAUGCAAGGGAGACUGGGUAGAGGCUGAGUAUUGGAUCAGGCCAGGGACAUGGAGCAGUGAGGCAAUCUCUGUGAAGCCUCUGAGGUACAAGCGUGUGGACAAGGUUUGCAUUUCCAGCCUGUGUGGGAGGAACGGGGUGAUAGAGGACAGCAUCUUCUUCAGCCUGGACUCCUUGAAGCUGCCGGAAGGGUACAUACCGAGGAGACACGACAUUGUCAAUGCUGUGGUUGUGGAGAGCAGCCAGUCAUGCUACAUCUGGAGAGCACUGUGCAUGACCCCUGUGAAGAGAGGUGCCACUAUUGGUGAGGCCCCUCAGGAGCCCUAUGGAACCCUCUUACUGAAAAACAAAGGGGAUAUUGAAGUUACAAGAAUGACCAAUUUUGGAACAUUGAAGGAAGGAGAAAGCAAAUCAAUCGUGAUCUGGAUAGAGAAUAAAGGAAAGAUUCCUCAGGAGCUUGUCAGUUGCAGACUGGCUAACUGGGACAAAGCACACCAGUUUAGAUGUGAGACACAGGGCAGAGGCCAGUCCUGCUCAGGAGCAGUUGCUGUUUCGGUUCCUGAGGGUGAAAAUGUUAAUUCAUUGAAUCAUCACAGAGAAGACAAAACUGAUGAGAUGCCAGAGAGCAGUCUGGUGAACAACACAGACAUCUCUCCAGAUGGCUGCGCUUGUAAAGAAGAAAGUAGAGAAAAAGGAAACACGCCAGAGAAACAGGAGCCAGGGCCUGGGGGGCUCCUUCCUCCAGGGGAGAAGACUUCCAUUGUGGUCACAUGCAGUGCCAAAAACCCUGGCCGUUGCAAGGAGCUGCUUCUGCUCUGUUUCUCCAACUUUCUUAUUGGGCGACAUCUUGAAGUGAACGUGGUGAGCAGCGAGGAGGCCCUGAUAGCUGUGCGUGAGCCAUUUUCUUGGAAGAAGCCUAAAAGCUCCCAAACAUUAGUGUCUGCAAAGACUACAGUUGUUGUGACCACACAGAAAAGGAACUCGAGGCGACAACUUCCAAGUUUUCUUCCACAGUAUCCAAUACCAGACAGACUUAAGAAGUGUGUGGAGCAGAAAAUUGACAUCCUGACUUUCCAGCCGCUCCUUGCAGAGCUCUUGAACAUGUCAAACUACAAGGAGAAGUUCUCUACCCUGCUGUGGCUAGAGGAGAUCCAUGCAGAAAUCGAGCUAAAGGAGUACAACAUGAGCAGAGUUGUCCUCAAGAGGAAGGGGGAUCUGCUGGUUCUAGAGGUCCCAGGGCUCUCUGAGAGCCGGCCUUCCCUCUAUGCAGGUGACAAACUGAUUUUAAAAUCUCAAGAAUACAAUGGACAUGUCAUUGAAUAUAUCGGCUAUGUCAUGGAGAUUCAUGAAGAAGAUGUAACUCUUAAACUUAAUCCAGGAUUUGAACAAAUGUAUAAUUUUGAACCUAUGGAUGUGGAGUUUACAUACAAUCGGACCACAAGCAGACGGUGUCACUAUGCACUUGAGCAGGUCAUCCAUUUGGGUGUAAAAGUAUUAUUUCCAGAAGAAAUCAUUUUACAGUCUCCUCAGGUGACAGGGAGUUGGAGCCUUGCACAAGACACCAAAAAUGAUGGGCAGUCCAUCACCAGCGUCACCAGAAAUGAUGGACAGUCCAUGACCAACAUAACCAGAAAUGGCAGCGAGUCCAUCACCAACAUCACCAGAAAUGACAGACAGUCCAUCACCAAGGUAACCAGAAAUGACAGGCAGUCCAUCACCAACAUCACCAGAAAUGAUGGACAGUCCAUCACCAAGGUAACCAGAAAUGACAACCAGUCUAUCACCAACAUCACCAGAAAUGAUGGACAACCACUCAAAAGAAACAAGAAAACAGUGAAGGACCAAACUAAACACAAAACAAAGGAAAGGCACGAGGGUACCACGGACCAGCCAGAGAAGGCUUCCUCCACUGCAGAGACAAUGGAUGAAAUCCAGAUCCUGAAAGCAAGAGAUAAGGAGUUCUUCAACCCGGUGCUCAAUGAAAACCAAAAGCUGGCUGUGAGAAGGAUCCUGAGUGGCGACUGCCGGCCCCUCCCAUAUAUCCUUUUUGGACCUCCGGGAACUGGGAAGACUGUAACAAUAAUUGAGGCUGUUUUGCAGGUACAUUAUGCUUUGCCGGACAGUCGGAUUUUGGUCUGCGCUCCUUCCAACAGUGCUGCUGACCUUGUGUGUUUGCGACUUCAUGAGAGCAAGGUGCUGAAGCCAGCUGCCAUGGUCCGGGUGAACGCCACCUGCAGAUUUGAAGAGACUAUUAUUGAAGCCAUCAAACCGUAUUGCAGAGAUGGAGAAGAUAUCUGGAGAGCCUCACGCUUCAGGAUAAUAAUCACUACAUGCAGCAGUGCAGGGCUGUUUUACCAAAUAGGAGUGAGAGUUGGAUACUUCACACACGUAUUUGUGGACGAGGCAGGGCAGGCAAGUGAGCCAGAAUGCCUUAUUCCUUUGGGACUGAUUUCAGACAUCAAUGGCCAGAUCGUGCUUGCUGGAGACCCCAUGCAGCUUGGCCCAGUCAUCAAGUCCAGGCUGGCCAUGGCCUAUGGGUUGAAUGUGUCCAUGUUGGAGAGGCUGAUGUCCAGACCAGCAUACCUGAGAGACGAAAAUGCCUUUGGUGCUUGUGGUGCAUACAACCCGCUGUUGGUCACAAAGCUCGUGAAGAACUACAGGUCCCACUCGGCUCUGCUGGCACUGCCCUCACGCCUGUUCUACCAUAGGGAGCUUGAGGUCUGUGCUGAUCCCAAAGUAGUGACUUCACUGCUGGGCUGGGAGAAGCUGCCCAGAAAAGGCUUCCCUCUCAUCUUCCACGGAGUGAGGGGGAAUGAGGCUCGUGAAGGGAGAAGCCCAUCGUGGUUCAGCCCAGCCGAGGCUGUCCAGGUCAUGCGCUACUGUUGCCUCUUGGCCCGGAGUGUCUCCAGUCAAGUGUCUUCCAAGGACAUAGGUGUCAUCACACCCUAUCGGAAGCAGGUGGAAAAAAUAAAAAUCCUUCUGCGAAAUGUGGAUUUGACUGACAUAAAGGUUGGCUCAGUCGAGGAGUUCCAGGGACAAGAGUACCUGGUCAUUGUCAUCUCCACUGUGCGGUCAAAUGAAGAUAGAUUUGAAGAUGACCGUUAUUUUCUGGGUUUCUUGUCCAAUUCAAAAAGGUUUAAUGUUGCAAUCACAAGGCCCAAAGCACUGCUGAUCGUUCUGGGGAACCCUUACGUGCUUGUCAGGGACCCCUGUUUUGGAGCACUGCUAGAAUACAGUGUUAGCAAUGGUGUCUACACAGGGUGUGAUCUACCUCCUGAACUCCAGGCUCUCCAAAAGUGAGCACUCCAGUCCACUUCCUAAAAGGUAAAGCACCGUGGAGGAAAGUGUGGCUCCACAUGUUCACCUGAAGUACAUCGUGGCUAGACAGCUGUGCCAGGAUCUGUGGACACGGUGGAGUCUGCUACAACAGGGAGCCAAUGGGCCAUUAGGUCCAGCCAUGCUUCAGUCUUCUGUGACUCCUGCGGCUUCCUGAUCUCGAGACUGAAUGUUGGUAUGCAUGGGACCACUGAGUCAGCCAGGCUGCUCCUGCUUCCUUGGACUGACCUUGAUUUCUGCCUGUGGGCAAUCACUGCCACUACCCUCCCCCAAAUAAACACUCCAUAACCCCA